AUGCGUUCGUUCCCAUGUUUGGUAGUUGCUGCAGCUCUGCUGGCCAUUUGUGUGAGGGAAGCGCUGGCGGUAGAGCAGCCACAGCCCCUGCUGGAUGAAGGAAGCGAUGCAGAUGUAGAUGUCGUGCGUGUGCGUCGUCAAGUUGGAAUAGUUGCCAUCGGCUUGGGUGGUUCUGGCGGAAGGCGUGGAGGAGGAGGAGGAGGUCGCUUCGACGGUCCGUUCAGGAACAACUAUCGCGGCGGUCCCUAUGGCGGACCCUAUGGCGGACCCUAUGGCGGACCCUUCAAUGGUGGACCCUUCUAUGGCGGCGGUCCCUUUGGCAAUAACUAUCCAGGUCGCAGAUAUGCUGGACGCUUUGGAGGCGACUUCUACGGUCGCUGA